GCUGGUGGCUGUGUGCUGCAGAGCUUUGUCCAUUCUAGAGAGACGGUCAACAUGCGCGCCCUCACGACAGCCACUGCCAUCUUGGCUCUUUUAGCCCUCACUGGAGCAGAUCCUGAUUGUGAAUCGUUGAUCAAGCCUCUGGAUAUGAAGGAGCCACCGGUCACGGGGAACUGGCGGUUUCUCACUGGCUUUGCCGAUCAUGAGCUGUUUGCCAACUUACUGAAAACGCUAAACAAUUCCUAUUUAACCAUGACACCCACAGAACAGUCAGACACGUUCCUAAUGCAUGUGGGAAAUAUGAAAAAAGGGAAAUGUGAAUUUGCCACAAUUAAAGCUACACUCAAAGAUAAUCGUCUGCACAUGGAAGAAAAGUUCCAAGGAGAGCCGAUGGUUAUUGUGAUUGAAAAUCUGCCCAGCUCCAACCCUGACUAUGUUGUGUCAAAAUUUAAGUAUGAAAUAGGAGGACUCACUAUAACAACACUGUACCUUUUUGGGCGCUCAGCUACGAUUUCAGACACAAUGCUGCAAGCAUUCCAGAAACAAGCAGAGUGCAUGGGCUUCUCUGGACCUCCACACUUCACCUAUGAUGGUGUUACAGAACUUUGUGACCACGACCAGCACAAAGCAAAAUGUGAGCCCCUUAAGAAGACACAAGAAGUCACAGAUGUCACACCGUACAUGGGAAAGUGGGUCCUCGUGAUGGAAUAUGCAGACCAUAAAUUAUUCAUCGAUGUCCUAAAGAAAACCACCAGUUUCUGGAUGUUAUGGACACCUACUGACCAAAAAGACACCUUCACUAUCAACCAAGGAACUAUGAUGAAUGACACUUGUCAGUUCCUCAACAGCAAUGCAAACCUCUAUAACAUCUAUGGAAGCAGCUUUCUACAGUCAGCCGUGGAGUAUGAGGGCCUUGAGGUCACCACAAAGGGCUUUUUCCUCAGCUCGGGAGCUGAUACCCUAGUGAUGCACUUCGAGAGCCAGAUGGCAGGGCAGCAUAUCAAUUCACUCUCCCUGUUCAGUCGGACAGGGCAGGCCUCAGCCGCACAUGUGGAGGCCUAUCUGCAACAGGCUGAGUGCUGGGGCUUCUUCAGAGAUGCCUCUUUCACUUAUGAUGGAGUUACAGAGCUCUGUGAGAAAUCCUGAUUCACUUUGACACAAAACCAUCUAUUGUAAAUCUGCCAUUACAUACUGUCAAAUAAAUUUCUCUAAUAUAAAGUGUCUUGUAAGGAACAGGCUAUCAAAAAUAUAUAAAUAAAAUCUGAUGAGUGCUGAUA